AUGGAUGUGUUCAUGAAAGGGCUUUCCAAGGCAAAGGAGGGAGUCGUAGCAGCAGCAGAAAAAACCAAACAGGGUGUGGCAGAGGCAGCGGGAAAGACGAAAGAGGGAGUCCUCUAUGUGGGUUCCAGGACCAAGGAAGGAGUUGUUCAUGGUGUCACAACAGUGGCUGAGAAAACUAAAGAGCAAGUGUCUAAUGUUGGGGGAGCUGUGGUGACAGGAGUGACAGCAGUGGCCCAGAGGACAGUGGAAGGAGCAGGGAACAUCGCUGCAGCCACUGGCUUGGUGAAGAAAGAUCAAUUGGCCAAACAG